AGAUCAUAUACAUAAUAAUAUUAUUAUUUAAUUAUACAUAUUGUAUAUGAUCUAACGAUUAUAGUCUGUAUUCAAAAAACGAUCUGAUAAAUCGAGUGCUGACUGUCAGACUUGCUAGCAGUCUUUACAACUCUUUUUGAAUAUCAAUGGUUAAUGGUUAUCAAUACUAAAUACUAAAUGUCCAUGGUGUUAUCUAUGCUGUGUUCUUGAGUAUCGAGCUCGACUCUUCUUGUCGUCUCUUGGGUAGUUGUGUCUCUAGUUGGUACUUUGUUUGGUCCUUGUGUUGGUGAUUGAACAGUUACGGACUACGGAAACAUUCUCGGUGUUCGUCGGUUCGUCCAUGUCCUGCGUUCAAACGAUUGUUUUGGCGUUUGCAUGUAUUUUUUUUAAAACCGAAUUUGUUUCUCCGACUACUCUCCCCGGAGGCCCGGAUAGAUUGCACACAUAAUAUUAUUAUACACACUGGAUUGUAUCGUCGAACACGUUCACCACAGUUAUGUCUAUUAAGUAUAAAAACUAUGACGCAUGCGCCGAUUGCAGUGCUCCAGAUUCAGAUUGGAUAGUUGUAAAUCGUGGAUUGUAUAUUUGUGAUGAAUGUUGUAGUAUUCAUCGUAGUCUUGGGCGACACAUAUCACAAAUUAAAAGUUUAAGUGCCGACUGGUGUCCAAUAACAUUGAAUAUGGUUAGAACUUUACAUCAAGCUAAUGUUAAUACACUUUGGGAACAUGCUUUAAGUGAUAAUAAGAAUCACAGGAAAAAACCUACUCCUAAGGAUCCACUAUCUUUAAAAGAAGAUUUUAUACGUGCUAAACAUAGACAGCAAUCUUUUAUACUAAAAAGUAGUGAUACCAGGGAAGAUUUAAAUCAACAAUUACAUUCUAGUGUCAGAACAUCAAAUCUAGAAACAAGCCUAAGAAUUUUAGCUCAAGGAGCUGAUUCUAAUUAUUAUCAUCCAGAAAAAGGAAAUUAUCCAUUACAUGUGGCAGCUAAGGCAGGUCAAAUAUUACAGGCUGAAUUGCUACUUACUUAUGGAGCUGAUCCACGUGCAGUUGAUAGCAAAGGAAAUACUCCAGCAAUAUGUGCCAAGCUAUCUGGUCAUAAAGAUAUUAAUGAAAGACUAAAUGAUAGUAUGUAUGAAGUAUUAGAUGUUCUUUCAAUGUAUGUAUUCGGACGUAAAGCAGAACAUAAAAAUGAAGUAUAUAUGAUACCUUUCAACCCAAAUGAUGAAUGUGUUAAACAAGAAAGUGACCAACAAGAAGCUAUACAGAAGAUGCAACAGUUACCCAAUUACUUGUUUGAAGAUUUAGUGUUGGAUGUAUUUGAUGAAAUUGAUAGAAGAGAAACUGAAAAAAUUUGGCAACAUAAAAAUUCACAAGCUCAUAUUAUGUCAGUACCAUUCUUACCGGUAAAUCCUGAUUUAUCAUCAAUGAAAAAUCAAGGCCGUCAAAAAUUAGCUUGUUAUGGACAAAAAGAAUUUAAAAAACUUGUUACACAAAUUUUAAUUGAAAUAAACAGAAGGACUCAACCAGUGAAUAAAGUUAUUUCAAAAUUAAAAUAUGAUGAUGAUGAACCACUUUAUGAUCAUGUCGCUUCUGAUGAAGACUAUGCAACGCCUGAACAAAUUACUGCAAUGAUGGCAGUACAUAUUAAACCACCUACUAAUUUAAACAGUAAAGAUAAUAGUCUUCAAGUAGAUGUGACUGAAGAAACUGUUGAUUCAAAAAAAAUAAGUAUGAAUCUUGCAAUACCUAAUUUGCCAUUGUAUAAUGGUAAGGACUUCGAAACAAAAUUAUCAGAGUCUGAGGCCAAAAUUUCAAAAUUGAUUUCUGAAAUUGAUUUACUGAAAAAAAAAGUGGAAGAAAUUACUAAAGAAAAUGUAGAACUGAAAUGUGAAAUGUUACGACAAAAACAACCAGCACUGGUGAUUAAUGAAAAUGAAUGUGGCGAUGUUAAACAACCUAUUAGACCUGUAUCAAUGUAUGAAACUCGGGAAGGAAUAAAAUGUGAUAUGAUUCGAAGUAUUCAAACAAGUAAUUUACCAUUAUAUGAAGAUGUUGUUCGUCAUACCGCUCAAGUAACUAAGGGUAUACAAGAACUAUGGACUAACAUAAGGUCAUCAGAAGCUUGUAAAGCAUUUGUUCCUGGCACUGAAAAAAUUAGAACUGCUGUAGUUGAACUUACUGCCAUAUUUCCACAUAGUAUUAAUGAUGAUGUUUUAAAAUCGGCAUUAUGGUCAUUGAAUACAAAUACUACUCAACUUCAACUUGAAUGUGCAUGUUUGGAAGCUGGUGUUGAAAGAGUGCGGGAUUGCUCGUUCAAUAUUGCAAAAGCUACUAAACAGCUUUUGACAAGGUUUUGAAUAUAAUCAAUGAUAAUGAACUUAAAAUAUAUAAAUAUAUAUUUAAAUUUAAAACUUUUACUAAGUUCCUUUUAAUUAUUUAUUAAUAAUAAAUUACACAUACAGGGUAUAUUUGUAUUACAAUUUAAGUACGACUAAGUAGAAUUUAUAUCAAGAUAUUAUAUAGACAUUUGGACUAGUAUUUUAUUGUAAACUUGGCACCUAAUAUCACUAAUAAUCUAUUAUAUCACAAUGCAUUUAUCAUUUACAAUUUAUAUCAUGUUAAUUUAAAGUAUAAUUUAUUUAUCUUUACAUUUCAGUAAAUAUUAAUUUUUGUAUUUAAAAUUAUUUAUGAUGUUAUAACAAAAUCAAAAGUUUAUAUUUAGUAUUUAUCUAUAUUGUUAUAUUUAUAUUUUAAUAUAUUAAACCAUACUUAAAUUAUGUUUAAAUAUUCACUGUCAUUCCACUGUUAUGACAAAAGAGAAGCUAGAAAUGACAAUUCAUCUGUAUGACUGCCUUAAAGGGCAUCCAACACUAAAAAUAAAGUUGCUUAGAUUUAAAGUAUGCUAUUAUCUAAAGAAUAUUGUGUGGGUCUCACACUUUAACACUAAAUAUAUAAUGAAAUACAGGCGUUUGAAAAUAUGAGUGUGACAUCAUAGAGCCUAAGUCUGAACUGUGGCAUAUGUUUUACGUGUCUUGAUUAAUACGUCAAUUUCUAUCGUUAAAGAUAUUUUUUUUAUUUAGCUUAAAGUGUUUUUUUGUGUUUAUGACACUGGUAUUAAUAUAAUUUUGAUAUACUUUCCAGUUUUUUCAUAGUAGAUAAAACUGUUAUAGUAAAUUUCGUAAAAUUUGGUUUGUACGACAAAUGACAAUAAAACGCGAGUUGUGAACUCAAUAAUUUUACUUAAUUAUAAUUUAUAAUAUGUAGUGGCGUAGCAUCAUAGGAGACAAUGAGACAACGUCUCCCCACUAUAUCAUAAUAUGCCUUCACUCCAUAGCCCCAUAUUUUUUUGUUUAUUUUAAUACAAACAAUAGUCCUUGGUUUGUAGUUAAAUUUGUGUUUUGUUUGCUUCUUUUAAUGCGUUUGCCUGCAGGCACCCACGUUACCCUUCCCAUUGUUUUCAUUAGUUCAACUGUUUAAGCCAAGUUAAUUUAUUUGUAUGCAUUUUUAAACAUUAAUCAUCUAUCUCUGUAAGACCUCUGAUUAAUCAUUCGAUAAUAAACUUAUUAUUGAGAGUAAUUUUUUGGAUU